AUGUUCACCAGCGAGCAAGCUGAGCAGUUCGAAAAGCAGGGAUAUCUUUUGAUUCCGAAUUUUGUAAGCAGAGAUGAAACUAAGGCCCUCCUACAACGAUCUCAGGAACUAUUAGAACGUUUUGAUGUCAGUACUCAUCCGUUAACUCGUUUCACGACUAGCGAUAAGGCGCAUGUAGGAGAUGACUACUUUCUCAACUCUUCUGAUAAUAUAUCAUUCUUUUUCGAACCUGAUGCAUUUGAAGAUAUCAACGGUAGGCAAGAAUUAGUGAAACCAAAGGAGAAGGCGAUUAAUAAAUUUGGCCAUGGUCUGCACAUUUCUGACCCCCUUUUUCAUACGAUCACCGUCGAAAAUCCAAGAGUAAAGGAAGUUGUGAGUAUGUUGGGAUUUGAGCAACCAAAAGCCUUGCAGUCAAUGGUUAUUUGCAAGCAGCCUGAGAUCGGGGGAGCUGUUCCAUCCCAUCAAGAUAGUGUGUUUCUCUACACUGAGCCACAAACAGCGGUGGGAUUUUGGAUUGCGUUAGAAGAUGCUACUGCCGAAAAUGGCUGCUUAAGCUUUGCGUCUGGAUCACAUCGCACUCAUCCAAUUACGAAACGCUUCGUCCGUAAAUUUGAUAAGGAGACCGGUGAAGAGAUUGGAGGCACUGAUUUCAUAUUCUUUGAUAACCAUGAACAAUUGCAGAAUGAUUUACCUAAAGAUGAAGACCUGAAUUGGGAUACAGUAGAAUGUAAACCAGGCGAUUUGGUGCUAAUACACGGAUCUGUUCUUCACAGAAGUGAGACGAACACUUCUAGUAAAUCCAGAUUUGCUUACGCAUUUCAUGUUAUUGAUGGUAAGGCAGAUUAUGAUAAACUGAAUUGGCUGCAAUCUGAGAAUAUACCUUCUUUGUGGUGA